AUCCAUAACUGAAAUAACCCAACCGACCGAAAUGGCCACGCCAUUGGUGACUGCUUGGGGGAUAAAAGAUGAAAUUCAGAGGCCCCACUUGUUGGUUUGGUUCAAUGUUGACCCCUUUGCCUGAAGCGAGAAUUCUCUGAAUCCGGCCGUUCUCCGCAUUUGCUCAAGUGAAGCCGGCGUUUCGUGUUGAUCGACUCUAUUCCUUUCAGCUUCUUUCCUGAAGAUCGGUCUCUGUAGACUUUGAUCCCUUGCGUCUUUUCUGAUUUACGCCUUUGAGCUCACCUUUUUUUGCCUUUCAGCACCAAGGAUGAUCCUUUCUUCUCUCUGAAACUGUUCAACCCGUCGUAAUAGACUUCACAGACUUAUACUCUAGGAAAUUCUACGGGGCACCCAGCGUUAGUGAUUUUUUUUGGUGAUACUGCUUUGCACAGUUGCUCAUGUUUUCCAUGCUUUCUCCUUCUCAGAACGUUGAGUUGCUGCUUUGGGUCUGAUGGAACCACGAUCUCAGGGAGUAUCUAGUGACGUAAAUGUUUCUGGUGCCCAUGAUCACCACAUUGAUAGCAAUUUAAUGGCAGACCCAUCUGCAGCAUGUAAUCUGUGUGGAAUAAUCGUUCAAUCUGCUGAGCUUGAAAUUUUUAGCUUAUGUGGGGACUGUAAAUUUUUGUUGCUCGAAAAUUUGGGCACCCCCAUGCUUCACUCACCUCGGAGACAGACAACCAGGAGGAGGACAAGAAGGAGAAGAACUAGACAUAACAGCUCUGAGUCGAUCGGAGAUCUUCCCUCAGAACAAUUUACUCGUUUGAUAAGUGUGGCACGACAGAGCCUACUAGUGGCAAAUGGAUAUGAGGAUCAACGUGCUGAUGGUGAGGGUGUUACCAGGAUGCUACAGCGAACUAGCUCCCAUACAACUCCAAGUGGUUCUAGAAGAUGGAGAAGGGUUUUCUCUGACACUGAAAGUGAAGAUUUUGAUAACUUAGAUUCUCGUUAUGGUGAAACUGAAUCAAAUAUCAGUUUUACUCAAUCCAGGUUUUGGCAUGGUGAUACCGAUGCAAAUCCUUUUAGUGCUUAUGGUGGAGAGUCUGAUGCUUCCACCGACAGACGUGGUUUUCCGGACACCGGGAUCCUUGUUCAACCAUAUGGCGGGAGUGACCUUGACAUUGACACUGAUAUUGACCCGAUGCGUGCUGGUUUGAGCCAAUGGUACUCAGAUGAAGAAGAUAGGGAAUGGGAAGAGACAGAUGCCGAGGAUGGAAGGGCUACAAGGGGUAUUGCCGGAACACAGUAUAGGAAUUAUUUGGCAAGUCCAAGUGAGAGCUACAGCUCCAUUACCCGUAGCCAACGGUUUGAUUCUCCGGAGUUCGAGAGAGAUAUACGCCAGAGAACUGUAGAGAGUAGGCAAGUCUUAUCAAGGAACAUCAAUGGUUUCGAGGAUAUGGAUUUCUCUCUACAUGUUGCAAAUGCUGGGGAUUAUCUUGAUGAUAGAGGCUUUGGGGAAUUGCUUGAGCAACUUGCUGAGUCUAACAAUUCAAGAAGGGGUGCACCUCCUGCAUCUGCGUCCUUUGUGAGGAAUCUGCCAAGGGUUAUCAUCCAUGAGGAGCAAUUAAAGGACAAUGAUGGGCUAGUCUGUGCAAUCUGCAAGGACCUUUUUGCUAUCGGUAGCGAAACCAUCCAGCUUCCUUGUAUUCAUCUCUACCACACUCGGUGUAUCUUACCUUGGCUAAAUGCACAUAAUUCGUGCCCACUUUGCCGUUAUGAACUUCCAACUGAUGAUAGGGAUUACGAAGAUGGAAAGCAUAAUGCCAUUGGACAGAGAAUCACGGAUCAGGACGUAAUCGAAGAUAGCUCUUCUGGUGAGGACACUGAAGUGGAGGAGGGAGAGACAACUGCUGAGACUGAUCCUGUACAUGGAGAGAGAGACGAGAGUGACUCGAGUGUAAGGAGAGGAAGCUGGUUGUUCCUGGCUGCCGCACCAGUUGUCAGUCUAGUAGGCAUUGUAUUGGCAAUGGUGCUUAGCAACUCACAGAGAAGAGAGAUGGGAAGCUCUCAUAACCAAAGAGGAAACAGGAGCAGACGAUGGUUGCCUUUUUCCUGACUGAUUUCUAGACUAUUCCAAUUACCAGCUGAUGAUUAGUUUCACGGCUUGUCCAUAACUGUGGAUCUUGCCCCCCGCCCUAUAUCUAUUAUAAUUUGUAUCCCUGGAUGAUGGAUGGUGACCAGAUGCUUGUAUCAUGAAAGUUUCUAUGUAUAUUUUGGUUUAACUGAAAUCAAAUUUGUGGGGAAGAUUA